AAACCAGCCACGCUAUUGGUAGGAACGUAAUAGGAUUAGAGCCAAGACCUUACUGCAUUUUCUGCCAAAGCCUGUAUCAAAUUUAAGACACAUGCUUCUGCAGGCUUCCAUGAAGGUUGUGAAAAAAGUUUUAAUACCGAAUUGAAUUACUGCUCUCUCAAACGCAAAACAUUGGCUGUUAUUCUACCAACUUGAAAAGAAGCAAUAACUUGGACAGAAUAGAAGAGAUUUUUUUUUUAAUUUUCUGGACAUGAAAUGGAUUUGGGGUACUUUGGAUUUUCAGGUGGGAGAUCUUUCAACUUAAAGAACUACCAUCUGGACUUAAUUAUUUUUGAGAACCUAAGAACAAUUUUAAAACUUCCUUUUUUCCCCCUAAGAUUACACAAAAAACCUGACAGAGCCGAAUCAAUUAUUUUAGAUUGUAACAUCACUAAUAACUUGAUUUGUUCUUCUAUGUAAAAACUCCUGGGUUUUUCAGAAAACAUCAACUUGGAAAGUUUCACUUUGGAAGAGAGAUGCAUUUCGAAAGAGAUUCGUCCAGCUGUACGAUAUCAACUGCUUAGUACUCCGUGGAUAUAAAAACAAUCAAAAUGGAUAAACUGUGGGCAAUUGUGAAUAUUUUCAUGAUGUCAUUUCUUCAUCUGAUGCAGGGAUCCAAUUAUGAGUACGGACCUGUAAAGAGAGCACCGCGGUCAACCCUAGAGCGAUCAGAACAGCAGAUCAAGGCUGCCUCCAGUUUGGAAGAGCUGCUGCAGAUCACUCACUCGGAGGACUGGAAGCUGUGGAAAUGCCGAUUAAAACUGAAAAGCUUCACCAACAUAGACUCCCGCUCAGCCCCGCAUCGCUCCACACGAUUUGCUGCCGCCUUUUAUGACAUUGAAACAUUGAAAGUCAUUGAUGAAGAAUGGCAGAGAACUCAGUGUAUGCCAAGAGAGACAUGUGUGGAAGUGGCCAAAGAGUUGGGCAGAAGCACCAACACCUUCUUUAAGCCUCCCUGCGUGAAUGUUUUCCGUUGCGGGGGCUGCUGUAACGAAGAGAGCCUUGUCUGCAUCAACGUCAGCACAUCGUACAUUUCCAAACAGCUUUUUGAGAUAUCAGUCCCUUUGACGUCGGUGCCAGAACUAGUGCCAGUCAAAGUUGCUAACCACACAGGCUGUAAGUGUUUACCCACCACUCAGCGCCACCCGUAUUCCAUCAUACGAAGGUCCAUCCAGGCCCCGGAGGAGGAUGGCUGCCCCCACUCUAAGAAAUUCUGCACUGGUGGCUUGGUAUGGGAUAGCAGGAAAUGUAAAUGUGUCACCCAGGAAGAAAAUCCCCUCAGUGGACUGGAAGAACACUCCCAUCUUUCAGAGCUGGCUAUCUGUGGGUCUCACAUGAAAUUUGAUGAAGAUCGCUGCGAGUGUGUCUGUAAAACGCCUUGCCCCAGUGACCUCAUCCAAAACCCAGAAAAUUGCAGCUGCUUUGAAUGCAGAGAGAGCCUAGAGAGCUGCUGUCAGAAGCAAAAAAUUUUUCAUCCAGACACCUGCAGCUGUGAGGACAGAUGUCCUUUCCACACCAGAACUUGUUCAAAUGGAAAACCACUGUGUGCAAAGCACUGCCGUUUUACAAAGGAGAAGAAAGGCUCUCACAGCCUCCAUAGCAGAGAAAACCCUUGACGAAAUGUUCCCUUUCCUGUUUUAUAACAGCACACUGCUUUGCCAAGUUGCUGUCACUGACUUUCCAAUCCUUAGUACACAUGGGGGCAUCAUCCACUUUAUGGAGCACAAGACUCAAUCCAGCCUUCGCUUAUUUAUUCCAGUAAAUAAAUUGUGUGGAGUUGACGCCCUGGGAAGCGGCCCUCUGACCCACCUGGUGGCCAGGACCGGUGAAGAGAAAGCCAACUCGAAAUUUUUACAUUGAAUGAAAUGGGUAUGUGUAGCUAUAUAAUGGAGUGACAGUCACCGUCCGACCCUUUCAGAUAGAGGGACUACAUCUUUGUAGAUUCUGAACCCCUUGCUAAUGCAACUCUUUUGUGAAAUACUCUUUGAUUCUUCCUUGUACAGAAUUUGAUAUGUUCAGCACUGACUUUUUUGAUCUACUGUCCAGCUUUUUAUUAUUAUGAAUUUAUUGUACAACUACUGUCUGAUGUACCAUAUUUAAAUGUAUUUAAGAAAAUAAAUACAUCAGUUAGCCAAGA